AUCGCUACGCGUACCUUCUUCAGUUGGACAUGAACUUUAGGUUUGUCUAUCACUUUGAGCUAUCAAGGAAAUAUACGAUCUAUUUAGGAACGGUCUGUACACGUAAAGUUACUAACAGCCUAAUACAGAAGCAAUUGUAUCGGACUCUUUUCCCACCGAGGAGGUACAUUCUGUUACUAACGAUACACAGAUAGCGUUGCUAUGAUGCCAUUUUGGAUGUAUGUCUGAUUACCUGAGCCAGAAUCGUAUUUGAUUGUUUUCUAGAUUGAACAAAGUCAUCUCCCCUGACUAUUGUGUUCAGUCAGGACCGACAGUAGAAGAUGAUGUUGCCUUCUUUGAGAUUAUCUCAUUUGCUACUCUAUCCUGAUGUAUGCCUGGAUGACAGAGUUGAGAUGUUUCUUGAGAAGCAGAUUGGACAGUCUAAGGAACUGGACUUCUACAACCACUACAGGAUGCUGAACUCUUCCUCUGUGAGGCCAUCUGUGUCUGACUCUGCCCUUCUCACUAAUGGUCUGGGAGUUCAUGAGAGUGUUGACAUGUACAUAUCUGCUGCAAGACAACUGGAUGAAAUCAGGAGGAGGAAGUUUCCUUUUCUGACCACUGAAAGUGUGGGGAAAUCUUCACAAAACCCAAGGAAAUCUUUCUCCGACUCUGAUGUUUGUCAAGUGAUUUCAGCAGAGAGCGGCAUCAACCUCCAGUCAAGCUCAAGUGUGUGUGUGAACAGAGUACAAGAACAGGAGGACUUUGAGCCACAGCCCGGACCAAGUGGUUAUGUGGCUGAGACAGGAAGAUUUAAGAACUUGAAGCCACAGUCUGAUCCUAACUGUUCUGCAUGUUCCAGCAUGUCCUCUCUGUACAGCACAGAAAGUGAAGUGAAUGUCUUCUUUGAUGAAUACAUGGUCAAUAUGCAUGAUAUCCAUGCACACAACUGGGCAGACCUUGAUGAUGAUGAUGAUCACUCAGUGUCUGCCGUGUCCAGUCAGGAAUCUGUCCUAUCAGCUGUGUCAAGUGUUUUGUUAAUGCACACCGACUACAACCAAUGGAAUGAGGAUGAUGAGCUGGUUGGACCUCUUGGUGAUGAUGGAUGGGCAGUUGGAUCAGCAGAGGUCGUCAUUGAUAUUGAUGACACUCUCGAGUUUAACAUGCAGUAUCCUCCUCUUCAACCUGAGUGUGAGAGACAAGUUCCAGCUAUCCCCCACAGGACCCCCAGCGAGUCUAUGUUGUGUGACAGGAAGAGGAAAUACUAUGAUGAGCUGAUGGGCGAUGGUGAUCAUCCCAGCAAGAGACCACGGAAGUCUGUCAGUGACACAGCAGUUUCCAGUCCUCCUCAACAACCAGAGGCACCACAGCAGCCCAGGAGACAUAAAAGAGCUGCUCGUCGCAGGUUGACCAGAAAAUGAGUAACAAGGAACUGAGAGUUUUGUUUGUGACUGUCUUGUGCUUUGCUGUAAACAUUGUAAAGUGUUGUAGGUCUUCGUCAAUGUUCACUAUGUUGUCUGCAUCCAUUUAUUGUCUAAUGCUUGUAAACCACAGUAAGCCCACAGUUUAGUCAUAAACCACUCUGUGUUCAUCAAUGGUCAAACUGUAACCAAAUCUAAGAGUAUUAAGUCAGCAGGUCAGGUUACUCCCAGCGAUAUAAACGCUGAAGACCUGAGCCAUGUAAAGACCACAUGACCUCAAAAUUGCCUUAGACUUCCCUGUAACUGUCUAGGUAACUCUUGAGCUGAACUGUGCCCAGUCUAUAUAUAGCUUUUAGAGGACGUUAGACACCCCUAUAAGUCUAGGUAUCUCUAAAGCUGGUCUGCGCCACGACCACUCAAAGCCCAGUCCUGACAGACCUCAUUGUAGGCAUGGGUAUCCCUUGUGCUGGUUCCCCUUGAGCCACAUUUCUGUGUCAGAACAUACGUGGAUUCAAAGUGGUGGCGGGGAAAGGGUGCGAGUGUUCACCAUACAAUCAUUUAUUCAUUUGGAAAGUUUUCACAUAUGUACCGACUAAAACAAAAGGGCAUGGAAAAACCAGCCUCUCUGAUUUGGCUUUAGUAGACUGCAAUUUUCCCCCGUUCUGUACAGUUAUAUUUUAAUUCAGUUAAAGUACAAGUUAAUUUGUACUCUCAAAAUUCAACCAGUUAAAAAAACAAACGUAUCUGCACUCUUGCAAUAUGUUGGUUAUCACUUAGACACGUACCAGCUAGAGGAAGAUGAUUAUAAAAUGAUUUUAAUCUUACCAAAGAAAUGUCCUUUUGAAAAUGUAGUAAAUUUCAUUGACUAGUAAGAUCAUGGGUUCAGGCAUGUCCUGGUAAGUAUUUCAAAAGAAAUCAGGGGUGUAUGGCUUUCCAGCUCAGAAAUAGUUAGGCUUUGUGCCAUGGUUCUUUGAAUGGAAUCAGCCUCUCGAAACAAAUAUAUUUUUUGUGGUAUAUUUACGUUGUAUGUUUGAGUUACCAAAAAUACAACCUGAGACAAUGCGCUGAAAGAUCAGCUUUGUUUUAUGUAUUUAUAAUUAAUAAAUAGAAUUAAACGUUUGCAAUAAAAAUUGUUUUCUAUGUAAAACAGCAAAGUGCAAUAUAUCUUAUCUUCAAGGAAACCAUUUUUUCAACGGAAGGUGGUCAGUACCAAUUGACAUUGUUAGCUGUGUAAUAAACUGUUUUGCACUUAA